AUGGAUUUUCAAAAGUCGUGUCAGCUAGUGGAAGUUAACGAUGCAGAGGAAAACGACUGGAUAACGAAGAAUGUAUUAACGAAUGUUUCCUGUGAGGACAGAUAUGACUGUACCAUAUGGACAGGAGCAAAUGAUAGGGAGAACGAGAGUUACUUUGUUUGGGAAUAUUCCAAAUCUCCGGUGGGGGAUUUAAGGUGGUCCUACGGAAACCCGAAUGGAGGACAGGAAAGGAACUGUGUAGACAUGUUUUAUGAUGGCGAGUUUAACGAUAGGCCGUGUUACUACAAGAAUGCUUACAUGUGUGAAUGGGAUGGUUUUCUCUGAAACAUUUUUCACAUACAGUCACACUUUUGGUUGACAAAACAA